GAAGCCAGGGGUCAUGUUAUCGUGGACCUGAAUGAGCCCAACCUCUGGCCAGGUAGGGUUGGCCACACUGCUGUUUCUGCACUGGUGGGUUUGGCAGCUUCCAGGAUAUACCCGCUCACACACAUCUCUCUUUAUCUCCUCCUGGCUUCCUGGAGGAUCGUGCCGGCUGUUUUCCAUGGAGAAAGUCCAGGGAGAAAUGGAGAUUGAAAGAUGGGAAAGAAGUGAAGAGAUUUCAGACGCAGAGAAAAAGGUUAUUCAAGAGACAUGGAGCAGAGUAUAUGCAAACUGCGAGGACAUUGGGGUCUCCAUACUCAUCAGGUUUUUUGUCAACUUCCCGUCGGCCAAGCAGUACUUCAGCCAGUUCAAGCACAUGGAGGACCCGCUGGAGAUGGAGAGGAGCUUGCAACUGCGUAAGCACGCUCGGCGGGUCAUGGGUGCCAUUAAUACUGUGGUGGAGAACCUCAAUGACUCCGAAAAGGUCUCCUCCGUUCUGGCCCUGGUGGGCAAGGCCCAUGCCCUCAAGCACAAAGUGGAGCCCAUCUACUUCAAGAAACUCACCGGUGUCAUGCUGGAGGUCAUUGCUGAAGAAUACGCUAAUGACUUCACCCCAGAGGCACACGGCGCCUGGACGAAGAUGAAGACCCUCAUCUACACCCACGUGACGGCGGCGUACAAGGAGGUGGGCUGGGCGCAAUACCCCACUGCCACCCUGUGAGCGGCCAGGGGGCCAGGCGAGGGGCAGGGAGGGCUUCGCUCACCCCAGGACUUCACUCUGGUCUCUUCUCAAGAUCUUUGCUCAGUCUGGGGAGCCCGGUAGGGCCGGCUCUGUUAGCUGCCAAGUCACAAUUUGAUCUCCAUGGGGUUUAAAAAAACCAAACUAAAUAAGCCAAAAGAAUAGAAGCACAAAGGGUGUGGGUGGGUCAGAGUGAAGCAGUUGCAGGGGAUGUAGAGUGCUGGUUGGUUGUUGGCUCCAUCUUACUGUCCUGGCCUGUCCAUCACCACCUCCCAAAUCCUGCACCUCGCUUGCACCAUCUCACAGUCCCUUGGACAAGCACUGCUGUGCAGCAGUGAUGUGCAGCCCUGUUCACUGAUGUGACCCUUGUUCUCCAUGCAAAGCCCCCGGGUAAACCUGGCUCCUUGCUUUUGGGGGCACGAUUCUUAUGGGAACCACCAGCUGCCUGGCUGGCACCAAAAACGCUUUGCUUCGCACUUUCUGCACUCACCUGGCAGGGUGGCAGGGCUGAUGGCUGUGGCCAGAGCUGCUCUCAGCUGUCCAUCGCCCUGCACCAGGGACCAGCAGCAGCCCUUGCUCUCCCGUCAUCCACACUCCCUCUCCUUGGCUGGCUGUUGCAAACCCUCCUGGGGUUGGAGGGAGCAAAGUGGAGGGGAAAAUGUGCUCCUCCAGUGUGAGGGAGUGGGAAAGGAGGGAUUUGGGCUGCCUCCCCUCGUGGCUCGGAGCACAGUGCAUAGGUGAGAUCCCUGUUCAGAUGGCAGGAGCUGGUGAGCCCACCCGUGGCACGUGCUGUGCCAUUGCCUUGGGAGCUGGCAUGUGUAGGUCUGUUUGCCCAGCAGCCAGCAGCAGGGCAAUGCAGGGACAGAGGGCUGGGGUGGCUCUGCCCAGCUUGGUGAGAAGUGGGGUUCAGGCUGUGAUCAGGAGGGGGAAAGAUGAAGUGGACAUAACAGGAGGGAUUCCUGGGUGUGAAGAAAGGUCCCUGCUCUGUUAAAAUUAAUAAAUAACUUAUUACAUAGAGCAUAUUCCUGCCCUCUUGUGAAACCAUGUUCCUUCAAAUAAAGUGCCUGGUCAAAAUCAGCUCAUGCAGGAGCUGUGUCCCUACUCGGAGGCCAGCAGUGCUCCUGCGGGUGCCUGGCAAAGGCCCCCUCCCCCCAAAGUGAGAUGUGGCUGCAGGGCUGGCAGCCCUCAUCCUGCCUCUGAUACUGACUUCUGCAGCUCUGUGGGUGAGUCUGCUUGGUUUCUGACUGUUUCGCCUUUGGUUAUGAAAAAGGGAGGAGGAGCAGCCCUGUUGCCUCCUAUACAUAUGUGCUGGGAUUUAUAGGACACUCUGGGGACUGGUUGGCAAAGGAUUGGGGACGAAACAUCGGAUGUGCUAGGAAGCUUUGGCAUCCCUGUCACCCAGUUAUUUCCCAAAAUGUCUCUCUUAUUUUUAGAGCCCUAGCAUUAAGGGCAAUGUUACCUGUUGAAGUGGGAGCGGGGGGUGGGGUGUCCCUUCUGAGACUUUCUCUGGUUCUCAUUCCACUACUGCCCUGAAGAGCUGGCAGCUUUCUGGGAGAGACCAGCUCCUCUCCUGGAUGUUGGCUUGACAGGCAGUGAGCCCACAGUCCCCGGCUGGCAUCUCCACAGCCACCUUGGGGACAUCCCCAUGCCACAGGGACACUGCUGGAGGUGGCAGCAGCAACUUUUCCUGGGGCUGACCUCCCUCCCCUGGAGCAGCCAGCCAGAAACUCCUGCUUUGCUCACCCACAACCAAUUAAUCUGUGCUUUUAAUCACCCCUGGGGAAUAGGGUUUUUCCUGUUUCUGGUGUUUUGCUUCCAUGCCAAGGGCCUCCUCUGCCCCCCAGCCCUGGCACUGCUGGGAGGGUGGCCAGCAUCAGGUGCCUGCUCCCAGAAAAGCUCUCAGUGGAGUUUUCCCCUUUCCUCUCUUGGCUGUAACAGCAGGUUUCUGCUCAGGGUCUGUGGGAGCCUGUAUAGAGGGGCAAACCCCUGGACCCUAGCCCUGCCCUUUCCCUCACUCAUACCAAGAUGCUGGCAUGAUCCAUGGCUGGGCAGCAACCUUGGGCACCGCUGCUCAAAGAGCAGGGGAGGUACGCCUGGGGGGAAAUGUCUUCUCCUGUUCCUCUGGACUCAGUUAGAUGCAGCCAGGAGUUUGUGCUGGUGCCCUGGCUCUGGGCAAAGAGGGAUUUGGGGAGGGAUGCAACCUCCUGGCUGCAUUCCCCAGUGCUCCCUUGCUUUCCUGCACAGCCCUGGGACAGGGUUAGUCCCCAAAAUAGUGCCAGGACUCCACUAAUGACAUUACAGCUGCUCUCUAGCCUUGCAGUUCUUUCCUCCCUAUGUCUUACAAUAUAACAGGUGGAGAAGAGUGAUGGGGCCAGGAGCAAUGGCACAUCCUGGGCAUCCAUGGAGGGAUGGGUGGAAAUACCUGCUGAGGGCACAGCUGUCCUUGGCACAGCAGCAUGCAAGGUCAAGGGGUUUAUAAAAGGAAGGGAUGGGCACAGGGUGACAAGUGAUACUGCUUUGCUCAUGUGGUGGGCUGUCAUUUAGAGUCAGCACACCCAAAAUUCAGCUCACCAGCCUGCACCAGUGAAGGUGCCAGCAGCUGAUGCCUCCAGCUCAUGUCUGAAUGUCAAAGCAGCCGCUCGUCCCUUGCAGGGUUGGUGGAGACAUCCUUCAAGAGGCAGCUGCUGGCUGGGGUCAGCAUCAGGCCUGUGCAGGUGGGAAAAGACCUGUUCAGUCGUUGACUUUGUGCCAGCACAAGACUGGAGAGCAAUUGCUCGGAGCAAGACUGUUAGAUUUUAUUUUUUUGGGUGCAUCACAGGACUCUCAUUAGCACAGCUUCACUGAUUUCUGCCAAAACCUUGGGGCCAGCAGCGCAUAUUUUCAAUGAGUUCAUGUACUCCCCAUGCUCUGCGGAUGCUGGGCCAAGGAUGUUUUCGUACCAGGGAUGUUUUAUCUUUAAACAAAGUUCACACAUUAACCUUUGAGCUUCAUAUUCUCCAGGUGGGAAUUUUAGUUUCACAAUACAAACUCUUCCUCUCCCUUCCCACAACCAAAAUUUGGAUCAGUCACGGUCAGCAGGGAAGCGAUUUUUCGGGUGACUCUAAAGUCCCUGCGUUCAUGCCCAACCUACCCGAGUGCCUUGGCUUUGGGGGAGCAUCAGUGAAGUGUGUCCCCUCACCUUUGAAUGGGGCUUGGUUUCUUUAUUCUUAUUUUUUUUUGCAUCUCUAGAAAAAUCUGACCCAUGACCUUGUGCACCCACGCAUGUGUGCUGCGCUUGGGUUUUUUUCCAGGCACAUUUUUCUAAAGCAAAUCCAGAUGCAUGCAGCUGCUGUCCCUUGAGGACUGCCCCCCCCCCCCCCCCCCCCAUGAGCCAACUUGCAGGCCAGUUGAAUAUAUGCAAACAAAAACAUAUUUAUUUUUACCAGCACUGCAGGAAGUAAAAUGAAGCAGGGAGGGCUCCUGGGGCAAAACUUGCGAGGGGAAGAGAUGGAGAUAAAGCAAACGCCCCCUCUUUGCCACCUGCAGCAGAGGAGGCAUUGCUUAAAUCAGGGAAAACUCCCAUCUGGAGAUAGAUGAAAAUUAACAGAAAAAGGAAAAAAAAAAUCAUUCUGGAGUGACAGGGCUGAUAAACACCAUGUUAAAGAGCAGAAAGGGAGGCCAGGUUCCUGCUCCGAGCAUGGCUUUCCGGCACAGACACCUGCACAGCUGCUCCCUGUUACCUGUUGCCCCCCCUGGAACCCACCACAGCUGGCUGGGGACCCCCUUAUCCCCUCUUCCCUCCAGGCCCUGCUCGCUGGGGCUCGAAGUUUCCCCUCCCAGCGUGCCUGGGCUGAGGUAAGGGCGCUGCCCAUGUGUGCUUUGGCUCUGCUUUGCUCUCCUUGGUGGUGACAGGUAGGGACCGACUUGUAAAUGCGGUCUCCCAAAAUUCACAGGUGGGAGCUGGGGGCUCAGGGCAUGGCAGCUAGGGACUCCUGGUCUGUUCUCUGCCCUGGAGGGGACUUUGAUGUCCCCCAGCCCCGUCCACCUUCCCCAGGGAUGCUGCCGGCUGCUCCUGCUUGCUCUUCUCCUCUCUGAUGCCCAUGCCAUUGCGGCUGCCUCUGUGCAAGCUGAGCUCAGGUCUCAGCUUCCACCCCUGCAACCAGGGCAGGAUCUGGCCCCUGGCUCAGCCAGCCUCUCUGUGUUAGUGUCAGCACUGGGCUUGGGGACGUGUGACCUGGGUGGGAAAGUCUUUGUCCCCCCUGCCAUCAGCAGAUGAGUGCCGAGUGAGGGGGGGCAUUCAGUGUCCCUCAGGCAGGGUCAUCCCCCGCCCCCAAGCACCUCAUCCUGGAUGUCUUGGGGGACACCCGCUCAUGGCAAUCAGCUUGUGUCCCCCCCACCCCACAUUCAGCGCUGCGUUUGGUCAGAGGCAGGUCAGCGCUGGAGGGAAUGGGACAUUCUGGGUUGGGAUGGGACACAGAUCCCAUCCACCUGGUGUCCCCCUCCAGCCAAUGCUCAUGGCAGGUAUAGCUCCAUAGGCACACAGCCAGCCAGAAGGACACCCCACUGCCACCAGAGCUGGUUGGACGAGGAGUCCUUAAGGACCUUAUGCCACCACCCUCAUCUUCUCUUAUGGUGAGACAAAUCCCCAAGGCAGCCAAGCUGCAGGUUCUCCAGGGGGACUCCUCUUGCAUCUCUGCCAGUUUGCUCCAGUUUGCCCCAGUAAAGGGGAUCCCAGCAUCUCCCUGCUCUCUGGAGACAUGCCCAGUGACUUCAGUGGGGACCAGAUUUUGGCUGGCUGGACUCUGGCACCAGAGCUCAGCCUUCCCUGCCCCUUGCCAGAGGGAAGCUGCCCCAGUGUGCUGAUGUUGGUGCACAGGCUGCUCAGGGCCAGCACCAGCGACGCCAGACAGACGGGUGGAAGGGAAACCCAUGAGCUAAUCUUGGACCAACUUACAGAAAGGGAUGGAUAAAACUACCCACCUGGGUCCAACCUCUUUGACAGACUGCGACGCUAAUUAUUUUCCAUAGCUGAAGUUGUCUCUAAUUGUUAGUAUGUCUUAAUGAGUCCCACCAUGACCCACCGACAUGAGCCGGUGUGGUCUGAUGUAACUCCGUGUCUUUCCUGUUACAGCUGCGGAUACUGUUCAUGUGUGUGUUUCUCGGUGCUUCUGUGCUGGUUUUAUACAUGCUGUUCCGUGUACGAUGGGUGUAACUUGUUUUUCUUUUUGUAGGUUUUUAGUAUGUUUGUAACCGGACAGAAUGGUGUUAUUAAACUGAAACUUGUAUCUUCAGUGGAUAAAUCAAUCAAACCACUCCA